AUGGCUGAUCUGUUGAGCGAUAACAUCUCCACCGAUGUUGCAACUGCAUCCGAGCUCGACAUACCACAUGAACUUCAGCGCCCAAUUUUUGAGAUGGCGACAAGGAUGGAUCGUGGAACUGGUUUCAGUCUCGUUCUAGUUGCACACUAUGUGCAUACCUGGAUUCAACCCAUUCUCUACGAGAAUAUUGAACUCCUGAGCGCGACAGCUGCGUCAUCUUUUCUGAAACACGUUAGGAGCAAACCCCGUGGAUUUUUCGACGGUCGCAUAAAGACGUUAUCAUUUUCAAGCGCCAUUUAUAUCCAUCAAGCCAAACCCAUUCUACAGGAAUGCUCUCGAACUAUCACCGCUUUCUCAGCUUGCAAUAGAGCGAUGAAUCCCACCCGUUAUCUCAAUCACAUUUUGUCCCCAUAUAUGCAACAGCUGUCCUUAGUAUCCGGGCCAUCCGCACGACACCACGGGUAUGAUGACCGCCCAUUCAACAUCCCCACCGACAUACUCUUCUCCUUGACACACCUCGUCGUCGUCAGCGGCAUGCGAUGGCUUCCAUGGGAGGAUCUGUCCAUUGCACUUAGCGUGCGAUCUUCUGGCCCUCCCUACCCUACGGGGCUUGCAUCUCUUGACGCAUUCCAAAACUUGACUCACUUUGCUGUAUCGUACAACUAUUGGGAGAAAACCGCACUGAUAAGGAACAUUGCCAGCAACCUCCGUUUUUUCGUCAUUCUAGAGAACUUUGAUGCUGUUCAGCAUGCUUCUCUGAUCAAGUCCGUCCGAGAGAUGGGCGAUCGUCGCUUUAUAGUCAUGGACCUGGGGCAUUUUGAGGGUGAGGCCAAGGCAGAUUCUCGGAAUAUACCAAGGUUCUGGAUGAGGGUGGAGGAACUCGUUGAGAUGCAGUACCUUUCUGACUGCAAGGACAGGUGGACCAAUAGCUUAGAUAUCGAAUGAGGUUUGAAGGGCACAAGUAGGGGUGAGUAGGAGGCUCUCUUCUCUUUACUGGGGCAGUACUCUUACGGUAACUGCGUUCGUUACAUAUUCUCCCUCAAGUGUCACGUACGGACGAAUUUAAAUUGAAGUUUUAUCAUUU